AUGGCUUCUCAGAUAUCAGAAGAGGAUUUCUCCUGUCCUGUGUGUUAUGACGUCUUUAAGGAUCCUGUUCUCCUGUCAUGUAGUCACAGUGUCUGUAAAGUCUGUCUGCAGCAGUUCUGGGAAAAGAAGGGAACUCAGGAGUGUCCACUUUGUAGGAGAAGAUCCUCAAAAGCAGAUCCUCCCCUUAACCUUGUGUUAAAGAACCUGUGUGAGGCUUUUUUAAAGGGAAAAAUUCAAACUUCAUCAGGGUCUGAGGAGUUCUGCAGUCUACACAGUGAGAAACUCAAACUCUUCUGCCUGAACGAUAAACAGCCUGUGUGUGUGGUGUGUCGGGAUUCAGAAAAACACACAAACCACAGAUUUCAUCCAGUAGAUGAAGCUGCUCAUGGUCAUAGGGAGGAACUCAGGACAACACUGAAGCCCUUAAAGGAGAAACUGGAGAUUUUUAAAAAAGUCAAAGUGACCUGUGAUGAAACAGCACAAUACAUUAAGACUCAGGCCCAACACACAGAGACACAGAUUAGGAAAGAGUUUGAGAAGCUUCACCAGUUUCUACGAGAUGAAGAGACAGCCAUGAUAACUGCACUGAGAGAGGAAGAGGAGCAGAAGAGUCAGAUGAUGAAGGAGAAGAUUGAGAAAGUGACCAGAGAAAUUUCCUCUCUCUCAGACACAAUCAGAGCCAUAGAGGACAACAUGGGCACAAAAGACAUUCUUUUUCUUAAGAACUUUGAGGCCACAAAGAAAAGAGCCCAGUGCACACUGCAGGAUCCACAGAUGCUUUCAGGAGCACUGAUCAAUGUGGCAAAGCACCUGGGCAACCUGAAGUUCAGAGUCUGGGAGAAGAUGCAGGACAUUGUUCAAUACACUCCUGUGAUUCUGGACCCCAACACUGCUCAUCCAGGUCUCACCCUGUCUGAGGAUCUGACCAGUGUGAGAUACAGUGAUGAGAAACAGCAGAUUCCUGAUAAUCCAGAGAGAUUUGAUUGGUAUACAUGUGUCCUGGGCUCUGAGGGCUUUAACACAGGGACACACUGCUGGGAUGUUGAUGUUGGGGAGAGUACAUGCUGGACCCUAGGUGUGACCACAGAGUCAAACCAGAGGAUGGGAGACACAUUCUUUCACACUGGUGCCUGGCGUGUUCGGUUAUAUGAUGGUAAAUACUGGUCAGUGGCCUCAGGAGGGUCACAUACCCCACUGACAUUUAAAAAGAAACUGCAGAAGAUCAGAGUAAAACUGGACUGUGACAGAGGAAAACUCUCAUUCUAUGAUCCUCUAAAUAACACACGCUUACACACCUACACACACACUUUUACUGAGAGAAUGUUCCCAUUCUUCUAUAAUAACUGUAAACUCUCUCCUCUGAGGAUCUUACCAGUGAAAUAUUGUGUAACAGUGAAACAUCACAAUUAG